AUGAACUAUUUCAUACUUUUUUUCAUUCAUAGCAGCAGAAAAGAAUGUUUCUUUGUGAAUUGAUUGAGUUGGCGCACUUCAUCUCAUAUUGUUGCUCCUGGAAAUUAUGAGUGAGUUUGGAGAGUCACUCUGGGACUCUUAUCUGACAUUGGCUGGCGAGUUGCACCAGGUUUCGGAGAUCAUUUACGGUGGUCUUGCUGUUGCUCUUCGACUUAACCACAAUGUUGUGUCAUCCGUGCUACGCUUCAGCACCCACCUCAUCAGCCUCCUGCUGCUCCUCAUUUCUAAGACACGGGAAAUGCUGAGUCUGCUGAAGGCAGACCUGCUGGAGUUCCUGUCUGACGUGGGUGCCUGCGUGCAUCUGGUGCUGUCUGCUGUGCUCAACUUCAUUGCCGUCAUCAUCACAUCGGAUCUAAUAAACUUUCUCAAACCCUUAGCAAUCGCAGUAGCCGUUACAAUAUCUAUAAUCUUCACUGUAAUUCUUUGUAAUUACUGCGGAGUAUUCCAAUUGCUCAUUCUCAUUCUGCGAUUCUCCUUGGUGAUCAUUGCGAGAACUGCCAAAGCCUUGCAGGUGUCAACUCUGUGUUUAGGUCGAAUUAUUUCGAUAAGUUCCAAUUACUUGGCCAGGAAACUUAACUUAGUACUUGCUCUCUGUGUGAGGUUGUUCCUUAUUGUCUUUGAGAGAGUACUUGAUUUGCUUUUUGACAUUGUAUUUUUAAUUCUUGCGAUUUCACAUCUUCUUUAUCGCUAUCUAGUGAUACAAUGCAGACGAUACAGGUUUUGUGCUUUUGUCCGAAACGGAAUUUCGAGAAUAAUUGUUAGCUUAGCAAGAGUUCUCAUACGAAGCGUCUCAGUUUUGCGUGUGAAUCGUUUGCAUUUCAUUUACCUGUGGUUCGUUGCUCGUGCUGUCACAAUGUUCGAGUUCUUGGCAAGACUCCUGAGCAAGCUGAGUUUCUUCAGCCGACCUAUUGCUGCUACCCCAGCUAACACUAAUGCUGCUGCCCAAAGGCCAGAAUGCACGAAUCAUAUUUAUCUGGAACGACGUAUAAACGAGGACGCGGUCGCAAUGGAUGUGAACCGAUUAGACGAAUAUUUGGUUGCACGCAUGAACAUGGACCGCCAUAAUGACAUGGCCUAUCAUUACAUCGUAAGAGAGAACGACGCUGGUGCUUUAUACGUUACGGUAAAACCACUGUCCAGAAAAUUCACAUUCAUCGCUGCGCGGUUGCUCAGAGCCAAGCAAAUGCUAGGAUUCAACGCGCAGCUGCAACCUCUCGUUUCCAAAGUUUCCUGGAACAUCACCCACAAUUUCUGGACCGGCAAGAAUUACUCUGUUGACACAUCAAGAAGCUCGACCGCCACCGAUACGAUACACAUGCCUGAGUGUGUAGUGUGCCAGGACAGUGAGCGCUCCAUGCUGCUCAUGCCGUGUGGUCACUUGUGUUUGUGUCGGGAUUGUUGCAGAGCGAUUAAGAAUAGCUCGAAACUUUGUCCCGUGUGUCGACGGCGUAUCGUCGAAACGCACAAAGUCUACAUCUGAGAUCUGAGUCCGCAUCUGUCUUCUUUUAUUUUGACAUCUUGACAUUAUGUCAAGACAUAAUGUCAUUAUGUUUGACAUAAUGUUUGACAUUAUGUCAUUAUGUUUAGUGUUAUCUCACUGUAUAGUCUUGACCUCAUUUCAACAACGAAGUCUUGUUUGACAGACAAUCAUAAAGAUUUUUAUGGAUUUUGCUUACGUUCAUUCUUACUGAAUUAUGUUUCUGAUUCGGUUUAACUGAAUUAUAGCUGAUGAAAUUAUAGGAAUAAACUUCAGGUACCGUUGACGCUGUUUAAGAGAACUAAAAUUUUCUAUGAUCGUGUUCCAAAUCGAUGGUUUCGCCCUUCCAUCGCCAGUGGUGGGAAGUCGAGCUGCAACGCCAUUAUAUUCUCCUAUGAUGCCAGUGCAGUUAAGGGAAACAUUCAAACGUUUGUCAACAGCAUGUUAAUAUAGCGAGUUGGUUGAAAUUGCCAUAUCGUGUGUCGGAAAUAUAUUGAUACUUGAAUUAGUUUGACAUGCUCAAAGCGUGUACCGUACGUAUAGGAAAUGUAUGUAUGAUAAUACAUUAAUUGGUCGACGUAUUCGGCGGUAAAAUUCAACUAUGUCUGUAUUUUACAUGCAAUAUAUUUUACGCGAGUCAUUAUUAUUGUACCUGUGGCAUUAAUCUUAUAGUCGCUAACUUUACGUUUAAUGUGCCGUAUACUAAGUAAUAUUGGAACCUGCGCACGAUGUGAUUGAUGAGUGCAUUUACCGUACGAUUAAUGCUAUUCUGAUAAGAGUAUCGUGUAAUAAAUGUUUUUUCCCAUGCGUAAAGCUUUAAACGGCAAGUUAAAGAUUACUUAUAGCUAUUCUUUUGAAUGUUUUAUGCCGCUUCUCUGACUUCACGCCGUUAUGAUUGUUGUACGAGAGAAGUUCUCGUUUCUUCGACACUUGCUAGUUGUGUAUACUGAACAAUGAGCGCCAACUUGGGCUUGGUUUAUUAAACAGUUAACCCCGACCUAAGUUUGGCUUUGGUUUGCUUGUCAUAUAAAAAAUAUGAGCGCAGACUUGGACGUGGUCUUGCUUAAGUUCUCUCGUUGGAGAUUCGUUUGAGAUAAAUUGCGUUACUUGUUUAUGACAUUAUGGAUACUCUAUGACAGCUUCGUUAUUCUUCAUUUAUGACAUCAUCGCCUGUACGAAAUCUUUGUGGGUGAUGAAUAAUUGAGACCUUCCACCUCUAUGGUGAUGUUCAUCU